UCAAAUGUGCGAGAAGAGAAAUAGGUGUUCCACAAUGAUCGCAGGACUGGCUGCAAUGAUUGUUCUCAGCAUGGCACCUCUUCUUCAUACUGCUAAGGCUUCCCACCCGAUCUCUUUAACUCUAGUAGAUAUCGGUGAUAAUAUAACAUUCGAAUGCAAUGCUUCUGAGAAGGAGCUUAAAUUCCUUAACUGGUAUAAACAAUCUCUUGGACACAUGUUUGAAAUAGUGGCUUCUGUGAUCGUUGCUAAAUGGUCAUUCAGUGACAAAUUUAAAGGCUCUCACUUUGCAAUCACACCAAAAGGGUCUAGUUAUGACCUCACUAUCUUCAAUAUCAGCAAAGAGGAUGAAGCAACAUAUUUAUGUCACAUUGGAACAGCAUAUUCACAGAAGUUCAUCAAUGGCACUUUCCUAGCCGUGAAUGAUGAUAAACAGCAGAAAUCUCUCUACUUAAAACAACAUCCAAAGACAGAGUUGGUUCGGCAGGGCGAGACAGUAACUCUCCAGUGUUCACUUCUCUCCAAGAAUAAGGAAAAGUCCCAGUGCCCAACUAAACCCAGUAUGUACUGGUUCAGAACUGAAUCAGAACAAUUCCAUCCAGGCAUCAUUUAUACUCAAAGGAACAUCAGCGACAAAGACUUGGCAAGAAGCUGUUCUUACACUUUAUCUGUACGAGACUCCUCUGAUGCUGGGAUUUACUACAGCACUGUGGUAGCAUGUGGAUCAAUCGUGAUUGGUGAAGGAACCAAAGUGGACACAAUUGACAGUCUCGUCGUUACACUUGGAGGACUGUUGGUCUGCUGUGUCAUUGUUAUAGUCCUCUUAAUUCUCUACAUUAAAUUGAAGCAAAAUUGUGGACACGGCAAAGGUCAAAAUGGUUCCAGUCUGGUAGAGGAUCACAAAUCAGAAGAUGCUCACACAAGAAACUUGGAUGGUGAAGCAAUAGAAGCAAACUAUGCCACAGUGCAAACCCGGGUUAGAAGGACUAAUGAGAAAAAAAAAAGUCCACAAGAAUGUGUUUACUCCUCUGUCAAAUCAGACGGUCAAUAUAAUCAGCUCUCUUCUCUUUAGUCAUCACUGUUAACAUUUGUUGCAUUUCAUUUUGAUCAUAUUUAGAUAACAUAAUUUGAAAUGCAAAAUUAUGUUUUUUUUUUCUCCCUUUUUCUUGUUAAUUUGUAGUUUCAGUAUGUUGACACAUAA